AUGGCUCGCGUUUCAUUCAGUCGACUGGACCACGCAAGCGCAAACGCCUCCAGUUCAAACUCAUCUCCUUCGUCCUCCCCAGAGAAAGAAAACCGCCGAAGAAACACAAAUAAACGAAACACUGGUCAUACUUCAGCAGCACUCUCUUCCAAGCGACGCUGUCUCACCGAUCGUUCCUCGAAUAUGCCCUCGCAAAUGCCUUCGUCCCAGCGCAAUAAUGGAAGAAAGUUCUAUGACCCUGAUCAGAAUCCCCAAGAACGCCGUGGGGUUCUAGGGAAAUUCAGGUCUCUAACCACAAAAUUCAACACUUCGCGAGAUACAUACCUACAAUCCGGCAGCAAUGGUAUUUUGGAAACGAUCAGAAAAGCCGAUGAGCUCUAUGUCGAUGUCAAGCAGACGUCAGAUGCCACGAUCGACUCGCGACUCCUAGCCAACGCCGCCGAUCUCUCCCACAAAAAGGCUGCUCAGCUGACUCUCGGCGAUGUCAAUGCGGGAAUCGAUGUCGAUGAGUUUGUUUCCAAGUGUAUUGGGUACAUGCGCCGUGGACCAGACCUCUCGACCAACUCACGCAACGCAGCUCCACGUGCUACUCAAAGAGAUCCCGAUGACAGCGAUGACCCAGAUGAGGGAGACGCCAUGAAUUGGGAAUGGCUUGGACGGGCCGCAUGUCUGCAGUGUAAUGCGCGACCUGUUGUGUCAAGUUGGCUACUAGGACCCCUUUCUGUUCAAAAGCGCACGCGUCAGCUUACCCAGCGCAGGGAGAAUGAGCGGUUCGACGCCACGCAGGUUAUCAGGCCCCAGGAACUACGCCAGGAAGAUCUUGCUGAACAGCAGGAUGUCAGUUUGACCGAGACAUGCAAUGCGAUUUACAAGUUACUGGCCAAAACCAUAUUCGAGAACAUAGGAAAGGUGGAAGAUAUCCUAUCUGUGGAGGACAGUGAGGAGGUAACGCAUGAAGUCAUGGACAAACAUGACAUCUGCGAUGACGGGGGCGUUCCACUUUACAAAUUCUGCAUUAAUUCCCGCUCGUUUGGCCAAAGUGUUGAGAAUCUAUUCUACGUGAGCUUCCUUGUCCGAGAUGGCCUAGUAGGCGUGAGCACAGACAGCAGAGGAAUUCCGACCCUACACAAGGUCGAUGAGCGCCCGCCCCAUGAGGCGCAAGCAAUGGGCAUGGAGAAGGCCCAAAACAUUUUCAGCCUUGAUUUCGAAUCUUGGCAAGAGCUUAUCGAGGCCUUUGGAAUCGACGAACCUAUGAUUCCGCACCGGGAGGAGCGUGCAGAGGACACCGGAACUACUUGGUAUGCUGGCGGAUAG